AUGGUUUCCACCAUCCAUCUGGACAUUGACUGUGCUGAUGAAUAUGUGUGCAAUACCACAGCCCAUGCCUUUUCUGUUGUCACACCUGCACUGGGCAUUGCAAUGUUGCUUCCCUUCGUCAAGGCCAUUUGUCAUAGCCAGAAGUUGCAGCAGGCUUGUCAUGCAGGUGUCCAUAUUGUUCAGCAGAUUGCCAUCAUGAUGGGCUGCACCAUCCUUCCUCACCUGUGCAGCCUCAUCAGCCGUGUUGCUCAUGGGCUCACAGAUGAACAGCAGAAAGUGCAGACAGUAACUGUGCUUGCUACUGCUGCCCUAGCUGAAGUGGCUGCACCCUAUGGAAUUGAGUCUUCUGAUGAGGUUCUAUGGCCACUGUGGCUCAGUAUUCACCAGCAUCGCAGAAGGGAACUUGCUGCCUUCUUGAAGGUGAUUGGUUUCAUCAUUCCUCUCAUGGACCCAGAAUAUGCUUCAUACUACAUGAAGGAGGUCACAGUCAUCUUGAUCCAUGAAUUCCAGAUGUUGGAUGAAGAGAUGAAGAAGAUUGUCUUGAAGACUUCUUCAAGUCAUUCUGGGUCCAUUGCAUGGUGCUGGACAGGCAAAACUAUCAUCAAAUGGAUGAAAAGAGCUGGGGUCUCCAAGAUCACAGGGAGGAUCAUGAAUGAGUUGAAAGAUGAAGCAGAGCCAUACCAUAAAAUGGUCAUGGAGACUAUCAUGAAAGUCAUUGCCACUCUUGGUGACUCUGAUAUUGACAAAUGUUUGGAGGUCUGUCUGGUCAAUGGCAUCACAUGCUCCUUCCAGGAGCAGACUAUGGAAGGCCAAGUCAUGCUGGACAGGUUCAGCACUGUUGUUGACACUCUAGAUCGUCUCUACUAUCCUCUGGCAGCAUUGAACAACAAAAGCACCAAACAAUGUGACAAGGACCAGCUUUUGAGCAAGCUUGGACUUGUCUUGUUCAAACAACUUGGAGAAGAGUACCCUGGCAUGCUCGGUAGUAUCAUUGCCACUGAGGGUGCUAUUGCAAAUGUGCCAUCACAAGAAGGCCCAAGAGGCAUCUAUGAACUUGAUUGGUCAUAUCAUGGAUUGUGGUGCCAAGUUCAUUCCAGCCUGAGAAGGAUGGGUAUCUGCUUUGAGUCAUUGGAUCUCUUGAAAGCCCACAAGAAAGCCAUUUGUCACACUGCUGGGGACUCAUUCAGAUACAUCACAAAGAGCUUGGGUCCUCAAGAUGUGCUGCUCUUGCUUCCAGUUCUCCUGUGUGCAGUACAGUUGUGA